AUGGGCAGAGGUGAUUUCAAUAGCAGAGGUGGAGGAAGAGGUGCCCCCAGAGGUGGCAGUUUUGGAAGAGGAGGCGGAAGAGGAGGAAGACCUCAAUAACCAUAAGGCCCCCCAGCAAAAGUUGAACCAUUCGCUACUUUUUCACAUGUUUGUGGAAAUCAAAUUAUUGUUAAGGCAUUAGGAAAAGAACUUGUUCCAAGAUUCUUUAGAAGUGUGUAUUUUGAAAAUAAGCAACCAAUCGGUAAAGUUGAUGAAAUAUUUGGUCCAAUUGAAAAUUACUUAUUCUCAGUAAACCUUGAAGAAGGAAUCGCUCCAAAAUCAUUUAAAUAAGAUCAAUUGAUUUAUAUGGAUGCCUAUGAUUGCAUGCCUAUGGAUAGAUUUUUACCCAGGCCUAAAGGUGCACCAGGAAUAAGCAGAGGAGGAUCAAGAGGCGGUGGUAGAGGAGGACCAAGAGGAGGCGGUUUUAGUAGAGGAGGAAGAGGAGGAGCCCCUAGAGGUGGUGGUUUUAGUAGAGGAGGCCCAAGAGGAGGUGGAUUUAGUAGAGGAGGUGGAUAAUAAAGAGGAGGCUAUGAUAGAGGAGGCUAUGGAAGAGGAGGAUUUAAAAGAUGA